UGCAGAAAUGGAAGGAUUCUUAAGAAUUACACUCAUUGGUGUCUGUGUGCUUUACAUUAACGCCCAAAGUUAUCAUGAAUAUGGACAAAUUGAAGCAUGUGGUGACUCAGAUCAAGAAGAUUUCAUUGUCCAAUUUGAUGAUGAACAGGUGGCUCACAUUGACUUCAAAGAACAGAAAGAAAUCAUUACAUUACCUGACUUUGCUGGCCAGAUUGAGUUUCCAUCACUGUAUGAGGAUGCUAAAAAAGCUACAUCUAUUUGUAGAACCAUCUUUGAUAUGCUUAAAGAGGUGUACAUCAAUUCAUCUGAAGCAACUGAACCCCCCUGGUGCUCAGUUUAUCCCAAAAGUGAUUCACAGUUGAAUGUCAAGAACACCCUUAUCUGUCAUGUGACUGGAUUCUUCCCUCCACCUGUCAGAGUCUCGUGGACCAAGAACAAUGUGAAUGUGACAGAUGAAUCAACUCUCAGCAGAUAUUAUCCCAACAAAGACGGGACAUUGAAUGUAUUUUCUCGACUGAGUUUCAUUCCAGAGGAAGGAGACAUUUACAGCUGUUCUGUGGAGCACAAAGCCCUUCAACAACCUCAAACCAGAACAUGGGAUGUAGAGAUAAUGGAGCCCAGCAAUGGUCCAUCAGUGUUCUGUGGAGUUGGUCUGGCUCUUGGGCUAUUGGGUCUCGCCACGGGAGUCUUUUUUAUUGCCAAAGGAAACUGAUACAAUAACAUUGACAAUAGUAGAUGUUCUUUUAUU